GCCAACCAUACUUUAUCCGGAACUUAGCUAACCAUUGCAAACGCUGUCGGAUAGCCUCGUCUGAGCAUGGGUGACUUGCUCCUGGCUGUAAAAGCCCCAUGUCACCCACUCCCGCAUUGUUCUCUCGGGCCCCUGCGGCAGACUUGAACAAUAGGAGCAAGUCCGCCACCCAAUCUCAAAAUCGUCGGCAGGACGUGCCCGUAUCAAAAGCCAGCACAUUGCCGUACGAAAUCUUCUUUCAGAUCCUCGUGCUCGCAUCGGUCGACCAACAGGUCGGACCCAAGUUGCUGUCCCUCUCAAGAGACAUCUACGAACGCUUGUCACAACAUGUGUACGCAAAAGUGACUCUCUCUUCUGCCCAUGCGAUCGAUGCUUUCGCUUCCCUGCUGCGUAGUCGCCCAGAAUUUGGGCGCAAGGUCAAGUCGCUAUGGAUUGGCCCAACAGAGCUCGAUUCCGAUUUGCUCUCAGCCCUGGCUCCUCCCGAGUCCGUUAUGUGCCGCUCAGUCAACCUCAGAGACAAAGUGUAUACGUACACAAAAUUCAUCUUGCGAUCAUGUCGCAAAGUCGACAAUCUUGCGCUCUCAGGAGGGUUAUGUGUUCCUGACGCAGCCUUUGCUUACGGAACGGCGUGCCAACCAAAGCGCUUGACCUGCGUCAACCCGCAUUCGUUCGUCGGCGCAUUCUCUGCCCCCAUAUUUAACAAGGUCAUCGAGCUGCACCUCAUCGACACGAGUCUUGCGGUGGAAGAUGGAGACGAGAUAUCGAAGAUGCAGAAUCUGCGGCAUUUCAUUUGGAGCAGUCCGAAAGAUACAUCCGAUCCAGCACAGGAGACUGGGCGUAUCCAUCGACUUGUCCUGCAGAGCUUGAAUGGAGAGCUUCCAGCACAUCUGAUGAACAACCCGUUUACGUUCGGGAGCGGCAUGCCGGACAUGCCACUCUCGCCAAACGUCGCGAACAAGCUUUCGACACGAGCCAAAAAUCUGGAGCGCAUCUCGUUGCUCACCUCCCAGGGCCGUUGCGUGGCAUUUGUGCGCAACAUGCAGCCGCUCAGCGAGAUGCGCAUGGACCUCGAAGACGAUGGCGCCAGCACCGACUCGGGCAUAUUUUUGGCCACUGUUCCCGCGAGCAAGAAGGCUCAGGAAAGGAAACACGAUCCUUCGGUGACGUUGGAUUCACGAGCAGCAGCAGCAACAUCGUCCACCAAAGUUAAGUGGAUCCUAGUUCGGACAUGCUCGUUGGAACCAGAGAUGAUCGAGGAGUGGCAGGCCUUGCAGGAGGAAGUGUGCUCCGUCCGCUACCGGUGGGACGAUUACAAGCCGUCGAGGGUGACCCAUGGGCUUUUGGAAGGAUGCAACGAUGGUGGCAAUUCUGCAGCGAAUGGGAGAAAAGCGUUGCGUACGUUUCACACGAGGUGGCUCGCUUUCCUUGCGUGACACCAUAUUUGGGUCGCCAACGAUUGUUGUAAUAGUAUCGAUAAUGUAUUCAAGCAGGUCACACCGCCACAAUUGUGCGGUCGCGCCUUCGUCGCUGG